GAGGCCAUGUGGUUCCGUUUCAUGCCAUCAAAGCUGUUGACAAAUCGAAGUUCACGGGUCGUUAACAAUUUAUUUGUAUUCAUGGGUAAACCAGGACUGUCAACAGUUAAAAUGGAAGAAGGCAUAAAAGCGGGUAAAAAAGCUGCGGCUGUACGGGCAGUUGAUGAUCAUGUAAAGGAUAAUCAGGUUAUUGGUAUUGGCAGUGGAUCAACUAUUAUUUAUGCUAUAGAUAGAAUAGUUGAAAGAGUGAAAAAAGAAAAUUUAAAGCUGAUCUGUGUACCAACCAGUUUUCAAGCAGAGCAAGCUAUAUUGGAAAAUGGUCUUUCAUUAGGACAGCUAACAAUGUAUCCCAAGUUAGAUGUAGCUAUAGAUGGAGCUGAUGAAGUUGAUGCUAGUUUAAACUGUAUAAAAGGUGGCGGAGGCUGCCUGACUCAAGAGAAGAUUGUUGAUUAUUGUGCUAGAGAUUUUAUCGUUGUUGCUGAUGAAAGAAAAGACAGUGAGUUUUUAGGUGAGAACUGGAAGAGAGGUAUACCACUUGAAGUCAUUCCAAUGUCCUAUAAACCUGUACAAUUGAAGAUACAGAAUAUGCUAGGCGGUACAGUGAAUCUAAGAAUGGCUGCCAAAAAAGCUGGACCAGUUGUAACAGAUAAUGGUAAUUUUUUAUUAGAUUGGAUGUUUGAAGGUAAACACGAUUGGCAGAAGGUGGACACAUUCUUUCAUUCCAUUCCAGGUGUCAUAGAAACCGGUUUGUUUUUGCGAACAGCAAAGAUGGUAUAUUUUGGCACAGUAGAGGGUAAAGUGGUAGUUCGCCACCGAGGAUCCGAAAUAAACAACUCACAUUAAUACGGAUCUAUAUGACUACCUUAUAUCUCAAACAUUAUCUAUCACACUACAUUUUUAAAGUCAUAAAAAUUCAAUAUACAGAAAUUUCAUAUCAGAGACGUGAUUCCAUAAAUUUAAUUUAGAAUUUCAUCUUGUGUAUAUAGAAGUUAAAGAAGAAGUUAAAAGACAUUUUCAUCUGACGGCCAUUCAUGAAAACUUUAUAUUACACAUGCAUUGCACUUGAUUUCAUGAAUCGUUAGAUAAGUUGAUUAUAUGUAGGAUCUUUCAGGAUAUAUUACAUAUACAGUGGACUCUGUCACAUCCGAUGUCUGAUCACUCCGGAUUGCUGUGACGUCCGACAUGAUUUUCAUGUCCCGAUUUAUUUCCUUAUUUCUUCAGCCAAAAAAUCGCUGGUAAAUCCGGAUUCUGUAUGUUCCAGAUAACGACAUCGAUCAGCCGUCCCGUCACAUAAUUUCCAUUGAUCGACACCGUAUAAUCCAUAUAAACGGUGGGUGUGAAGCAUCCAAUUAUCGGUGAGAUUAAAACUCAAUGGGUGUGAAGCCAGAAAAGAUUAACAAGCAAUCACCAAUCAAUUAUCGGUGAGAUUAAAACUCGCAAGCGCCGGUCUGUGUUGAUUACUUUGAUAAUGUUAUAAAUUCUUUGUUGAUUAUUUUUCAAUUUAUAAUCUCUUGUAAGAGUGCGCUUGGUAUUUGAUUUUAGUUACUCAUGUCAAAUACCGCGACAUUAUAUAAAAAUUGCCGCGAUUGAAGAAUCAUUAUACAUUAUUGUAUACAAAAUGUCUGAAUGUCCUGCAAAGCGUGCCCGAACAGAUUUGACAUUAGAUGUAAAGCGGCAACUUAUAGCAGAUUUCAAGAAAGUUCCACAACCUGCGCAGAAGGAAUUUAGCCGUUAAGUAUUCAAUUGGCUGAGCUACAGUGUCAGACAUAUUAAAGCGUAAAGAUGAAUUUAAACAGAAGUUUGCCGAUAAUUUAAACUGCAGUAAGAAACGAUUUUACACCAACUCAAAAUUUGAAGACGUCAAAACAAUGACACAUGAGUGGUUUGUACGCGCCAGAAGUAAAAAGUACAGAAAGGUUUAUCAUUUUUAAAGGGAAUAGCAUUCUGGUGAUUCGAAGCUACAAUAUAAAAAUACUUCCGGUUUUCGAAGUUACAGUAUUUCCGGUUUUGGAGAAAGCUGGGUAUUCCGACACGCUGUGUGAUCCGAAAUAUUGUAACGAUCCCGUACGAUGUCGGAUGUGACAGAGUCCACUGUAUGUACCAUUUUAAACAUUAAUGUAAUAUCACCUUCAGUGCUUCUAUCAUCUUUAUUUGCUGUUAUUUUAAAACUUAGCAGGUAAUAUUUACAGUUUAUAAAUUACAAUUGGUCAAAUAGUAGGUGGUAGAUAAAUUUACGAACUAGUCAUACAUGUAUAUUUACACUCACAUACUCCUGAUCGUCAUUUACAUUUUUCAGACCAUAUCUAAAUUUUCGCGACUUAAUCCAUGUUAAAAUGUAAUCAAAUGUGUUAUUUAACACAAUUACAAAGUCCAAAUUAUCAAUGUUACAUAAUCUCCUGGUUUGGAUUCAGUUUGAUUAUUAAGAGCAAUAAAUGAAUAAAAUGGGGUUUAACAUCCUACUUUUCUGCCAUUAUAAAGAGGUCAUCAAGAGAUUUUACUGCACACUAUAUUGUUUACAUAUUGUCUGCAAAGGAUGGUGAAUGUUUUAGUUUGUAGAGAUUCCCUCAAUUGAUGAUCAGUCGAAUCUUUUGAUAUUUUUUCCUUCUGAUAUAGGAAGAUCUUGAAAACUACAAUAUUGUAAAAGUUGAAUCUCAAAUUGGAAUAUCAGUCAAAAUAUGGUUCAAUUUGGUUUGGUAUUUACACAGAUGUGAAGAACUGAAAUUCCAUCUAUCUAUGCUGCUCCCAAUGUAAACAAACCCACCACCAUUUUUAUGUUGGACGAAAUCUAAUUGGUGGGCCUGUUUUUAAGCAGGGGGGGGGGGGGGAUUAUGUGACAUUGUCAUUUUGAUUUUGUUUUCUUAAUUAAAUGUUAAUCAAUCUGAAUACAUAUUAGAGGGGAUUAAACUGUGAGAAAUUUGGCCCCGAGUUCACAAAACAUUCUCAGACUUAAGUUAAGAAUUUACUCAAAAUUGUUCACAUUAUAUUAACUAAUAUAUAACCCUUUAUAAAACUUGUGUUCUUUCAAUGUAUCAAAUACAUCAAUAAGAAAGUAUGUGCAAAGUUUUGUGUUUCUGGAACCAACAUAUUUCUCAUAAGCAGUGAUUGAAAGUUGAGUAAAUUCUCAACUUAAGUCUGAGAAUGUGAUUUUUUCUGAAAAAUGUAAAUCGUACACAUUUACUUUAAUAAAAUCCAUAUAAUUUUUGUUGAUAAUGAAUAUGUAAUAAACAUUUAUUCUCAAUAGUUAUCUAGUCCCUUUGAAUCUAUUAAUCAUUUUGUGAAGAUUUGAAAAUAUUGUAAUUUGUCAGUCAAAUAAGUUUUUAUAUGUUCAAAUGUUUGUUUUAGGCUACUACAGGAAGAAUUGUAAUUUAUAUUUUAAGCAAUACACUCAUUUCAGUCACAUGUCAGUUUCAAUUGACUGGCAGUGAAAUUGACCCACUGGAUAUUAAACCUUGCAUGAUGUAAAAUUAAUAUUUCAAAGAAUUUUAUCUUAAAAUACAAUGUCUACAGUUAAAAACACUUUUAAAAGUAUUUGAAAUUGAGAUAAUGUCAAAAUUUGUGAUAAAUAAAAUAUGUCAGUGAUUAACUGGCUGGAAAUAUUUUUGAUGCAAAAUCCCUGUUUUCAAUGUAAAAAGGCCGUAAAUGAAAGUUGAGUAUGUGAGUAUGGUAUCAAAUAUUGUAUAAAAUUUAACUCUUAAUGUGAUUAUAUGUUGUCCCAUCCAUGUUAGGACAUUUUCCUCGGGGAAAUGUUAUUAAUGAUCUCUCAGUGUGUUUGAAUUUUGUGUCAUCUUCCCAUCAAUGACAUUUAUCAAUUUCAGUUAAAUUACUUUAUUUGGAGUAUAGUUAUGAAUGUUUGAAUUUUUGACUGGAAUAGCAUAUUCUUGAUUGUCAAGGACCAUUGCUACAAUAAUAAAUAAUAAUUUACAUAACAUAUGAAGCUAGAAAAAAGACUUGCAAUAGGCAGAUUUAUCUCAAUUCGUUUACAUUUUUAAAUCAGUGCAGAUCAGGUAUUAUUUACAGAGUUAUCUACCUUGAUCAUCUUAUAAAUUUCUAGAAGUUAAUUUUCACUAUUUUAAUGCCAGUUGACAGAUAUUGUCUUAGCUCCAAGACUGUUCAAUGUACUGCUAAUAUUGGUAUCGAACAAACUUACAUAUACUCCUGAAGCCAAAAAUAACCCCAGUGUUUACAGUUACCCUGCCAAGUCUUAUUUUCUUGAUCUAAUAUUGCCGUCCCUUAAAUUUGUCACCGAUUUCCAGAGUGAUUUAAAUUGGGUCAUGUACUGAAAUUUACAUCAGUCCAAUAUGUUUGGUCAAGCAACCCUAAACACAGGUAUUAUUUCUGUUGACCUAUUUCAAAUGAACAAGGUGAAGAAUUUGUCACUGUUUCUUUUAAUAAAUGUCAGUUGGCCUGAUUGUGUAAAUAAUUACUCUUUUAAAGCUUGUCAUUAAAUUGUUUUGUCAGAUUUUAUAUAUAUGUCAUUGUAAACUUUAUUUUAUUUUCACAAGCUAGCUUUACUUUUCUAUAUUCAUGAUCUACAGUAUUAAACACAUUGUUCAUUUUCAGUUUUAUCCCAAAAAAAACUAUCGGCAAAGCCUUCCAUAUUUAUCAUAUAUAUUAGUAUAAUUACAAACGUUAUAUACAGCUCAAGAGUUCUUAGUUUCGUUGUUAUAUGAAUUACUAUUAUUUUUAUUGUAAAGCUAUUAAAGAACAGUUUUGUU